AUGAAAUUUCUCUAUUUAAUUUCGCUUCUCUUUGCUUUAAUUGUAGCAGAUUUUCCGGAUCUAUGUGAGGUUCUCUCCGUUGAUCGCAAUGGAAUGGUCGAGGUGAGAAUCCCAACUUUCCGACACUCAUUGCAAUCUGCGGAAACGCUUCGAUGUGGAGUGAGCGUUUGUUUGAAUUGUUAUUGGGAACAUUACAUGAUCAAUGGAAAGCACAAGGAUCACGAAUGUCCGAUGGAAUGUUUGAGAUUGCCAAUGGAGCUGAAACAUCGUCGUUUCCUUUGUCCACCGAAAAUCAUUGGAUGGCUGAAUGAGAGGUCCUGUCAACCGCCAAAGUGUCAACAAUGCUAUCAAGAAUACUCGCUGACCAAUCCAUCUCAACUCCCUUACGCACUGCCGUGUAAUCAUUCAAUUUGUCAUCAGUGUGUUCAAUGGUCAAAAUCAUCUUUAGACUCUUUACAACACCAUGAGGAACUCCUUGACAAAGCUGAGCGUUUAUGGAGACAAGAGACUGUGAGAAAGGAACGAAAGAUGAGAGAGAGAUUCGAAGAUGCUUUGGCUCAAUGCACAUUUCUGAAAAAUCAUCUCCCAAAUCAGUUCAACAAAAUUCUCGAUAAAAUUGAUUUUUUGGAGCAAAAUCUUUCGAAUCUCCGAGAGAAAUACGACUUUUUCUUCAAUCAAAGUCGGCAAGGAGAAGAUGAUUUCAAUCAAAUUCUGGACGAUUUUCAAGAGUUUUUGGAACAAUGUUUUGCUUCAAUCAAGGAUUUAGAGAAAAAAGCUGAGGAGCUUUUCUCGAAAUUGCACAUCACUGACCCUGAGAAAAGCGAUUGG